ACAGGGGGCCGAGCAGAGCACCGGCAGCUGUACACUGGAUGACCCUCACCACUCCCACAGCAAUGAUUCCUCACGCUACAGUGCCGCCCAUAUAAGAGGUGUUCCCUAAGGCUCCUCUAAACGUGUGGUCUGGGCGUCACAGGAAGGUUCUUAUAUUGUUAGUCUGAUAUUAAAAGUUUCUCAACAGGGAAAAAAAAAGGGGAUGAAAAUGACUUGAGAAACGAAAAGUUCGACAAUAAAAUGGACGAAGUGGAUAUGAUCACAAGAGAAAACAUUAAUGUUGGAGUUCGCAGCAUUACGUCUUCUGGAACAGCUUGAGCAUCUCCACAGACCCGGGUGUCGCUCCCCUCGCCAUGCUCAGUGCGCUCAAUACGUGACCGGCUCAGCACGCGCGGGCUGCUCUGUACAGUGUAAUGUGUCGAGUGUAGAUCAUGCCUGGUGUUGUACUCACUGCGAUGUGUGCCAAGUGUGUUUGCAGAGUCAGCCAAGAUCACCCGUUGACUCUCUACCGCGUCAGAGAACGAUCCGACAAUCUGCCCCCAGUGCCCUUACCCAUCCUGCGGCCACACCCUCGGAUACCACCACUGCUGGAUGGAUACAUCGCGGUGUAUCGUCACCUUCAUCGUCUCAUCGCUCUACUAUACCUUCUCCGUCUUCAUCUUUACUCUCUGAAACUUCACCCUCACCUUCACCUGUCUGUCUCACGGCACCUACACCACCUACCGCCACACCUUCACCUACUUUCUUAUUCCCUGGAGCCUCUGCCAGGACAGCUGCGCCAUCUCCACACACCUCCUCUAUACCUGAUACCUCUCUCUCACCACCUGCUCUCUCUCUCUCGCCUACACCACCUGCUCUUGCUACAUCACCAUCUGCUUCUCUCUCACCUGCGACAUUCUCUACUGUUUUACCUCCUUCUGUGUCUACACCUACACAGUUCUCCACAGCAGUGUCGACAACCUCAGACAAUCCGUCGCGUCGAGGCGAUGACAAAACUAGUUCCCUCAAAGUGACCUCACAUGGAAGGGAAUCUCUGGCGAGGGACGAUAAGGUCGACCUCAAGUCAUUAACUCCACCUGACUUGAGGCACCACAAGUCGAGGUCGACGCUGAGGACAGGGCGAGGCAGCCAGGCGAGUGUGCAGGUGGUGAGGACAGCAGUAGUCAUGCUGGCUCUCCUCACCACCACAACCGCCGCCUAUCAGCUCAAACCCACCACAACAGCUUCGAAGAUCACCUUGGCCGGUCUAACAGCCAAACUACCCUGUGAACUACCUGUACCUGCCGAUAAGCCUACACUCAUCCUCUGGUACAAGGACGCUGCCACCAAGCCCUUCUACAGCUACGACGCCCGGGACAGAACUCGAGGUAAACACAAGGUCCACGACAACUCCCGCUUGGGCUGGCGUUCACGUUUCACCCUUGAGACUAUUCCCCACAACUACAGGACUCGUAUGGGUUUCUUAGAGGUGGAGAACGUGAGUCUGGCGGACGCUGGGAACUACACCUGCCGGGUGGAUUUCAUGACUUCACAAACUCUGAUGUCAUUACUUCAACUGACGGUUCAUGAAGGGAUCCGUAGCCUGGAGAUCUUCGACGCUUAUGAGACGAUGAUCAGUCAAGUGGCUGGGCCGUACAAGAUCUCUUCCCGGGUCGUACUGUCCUGUCGGGCGUAUGGUGGCUACCCGCCCCCCGUAGUCAAGUGGCUGUCUGGAGAAGAGGUCGUGGGUAGAUCGUGGACGCAGCCACAGGAGGAUCUAAACACCAUACCUUACACUGGCACAGAGAGGCACCACCAAACCAUGUCUGUAGUGAGUGCCACCCUCGUAAUGCAGGAACUUACGAGGGAAGACAACGGAAGGCAACUUAAGUGUGUAGCAGCCAACACCAACCUUACCCAAGAUCGUUCCCGUCUCGUCACCAUCGAAAUGUACCUACCACCGGUGGAGGUUGUGGUGGAGGGCGUGGAGGGACCUCUGAGGGCGGGGGUGGAGGCCACGCUGGUCUGUAGAGCAUCUGGAUCGCGACCUCCUGCUACCCUCACCUGGCAAAUCGACGGCUCUAAUGGCCUCACACCUCUACCUCCACAGUCCUCCCUGGAUCUCAAUACCACCUUCAGGAGAGCUCGUCUUCUUCCCACGCCGGAGGACAACGGACGGACGGUUACCUGUACGGCCACGAACUCCAAGGUGGAUGAAUACUUUCUCUCCACCUCCACCACACUCCGCGUCCACUUCGCGCCGGAGGUGGAGGCGCGUCUGGCCCCCGCCCUCGACCCUAACAACAUAGAGGAGGGCGACGACGUCUACUUCGAGUGUCAGAUCAGAGCUAAUCCUCCAGAGUCCCGCGUGUUGUGGCUCCACCAGGGUCGUCAGCUACAUACAGACAAGGAGAAGAGGGUGUUGGCCCAGGGGAGGAACUUGGUACUACAGAGGGUCAAUCGUCACGCCAGAGGAAGCUACCAAUGUUCUGUAACUAAUCCCAUCGAUACGGUCACAAGCGCCCCCACCCCACUCGACGUUAUGUGUGAGUAUCUUAAGGUAGAGUUUAUGUAUAAUGAAUCAGUUUAUGAGGAAAAUAUAAUGAGGAAUAGAAUAGUCUUAAUGGGGGAUGAAUGGGAAGUGGGUAUCAAGGGCUGGACCUGGCGCCCACGACCUAUACUACCCGUGGGCGGACCAGCACCCUCGUGUACCGCCCAAACUCUCACGCCCACGCCCACGAUCAGUACGGUGUCGUCUUCUGCCUGGGCCGUAACCGAUUGGGCAGCCAGAAGAUCCCCUGCAUGUUCCUCAUCACCCCAGCAGGGCCCCCAGAGCAGCCAUCAUCCUGCACGUUGGUCAACCAAGCGCCACCUCCCUCGCUGUGUCCUGUGUUCCUGGCCAGACGGGGACCUAAAACAGUACUUUGUGACGACCGUUAGAGACGCAGCGACGCAGGAGACAGUGGCUAACGUGUCCUCACCUACGCCCACCUUCGCAGUAGGCGGCCUGGCUCCUGGGCGGGACUACCUACUGCUGGUCACCGCCGUCAACACCAAGGGUCGUUCAGUCCCUUACGUGAUCCAGGGUUUUGCUCUCAAGGUGGCGGAGAACAAGAUAAAUAACUCAAGCUCCACCGAGUCUUCCCCAUUACUGGCUGUGUUCGUGGGUGUGGUGAGUGGCUUCGUCUUCAUCCUGACGGUUCUGGCGGUGGCUACCCGAUCCCGAUGCCGACGUCGACGCGGGGUUCCGGACGCCGCCGCCACCACCAAUGACGACAACACCAAACUCAGGGAUGUGGAUGAAGUGCCACCCUCACCCUCGACCAAAGCCUCGCUGGAUGGGGCUGAGGACGCAGACGACGAGCUCAACACCCCGGAGUCUCAGGAUGGUCCUCUCGAGCCUCAAGACAUAACUACGCAGUCAGCAGGCAGUCCUACCAGUGUGGGCAGCACCCGCACCUACGUACCACGAGACUCAAUAACGAGAGCUUCGUCUAGUUGA